GAAAUUGAUAAGCGCGUACGUCGAAAGAAGUGGUCUUCGACUGAAGCUAAUCUUGAGAUGGACAAUUUAAUAGCAGAUGUAUCAGACAUUGACUUUAUCAUUGAGAGCCAACUAGAAAAUCAAAUUGGAUUGGGAUGUUUGCCUUUCUCAAAUAUGAACAAGUCCGGUGCUGGUGUUUGCCGUUUUUUUAUUAUUAAUCAAUGUCCCCUUAAUAAUUUAUGUCCUUUGAGACAUAUCAAAGCUGACAGGACAGUCGUAUGCAAGCAUUGGCUUCGUGGAUUGUGCAAAAAAGGUGAUGACUGCGAGUUCCUACACGAAUAUGAUAUGACUAAAAUGCCAGAAUGUUACUUCUUUUCGAAAUUUGGAGAGUGUAUGAAUAAAGAAUGUCCAUUUCUUCAUAUUGACCCCGCUUCUAAGGUACAGGAUUGCCCUUGGUAUGAUAGAGGGUUUUGCAGAAACGGUCCUUUGUGCCGAAAUCGACAUGUCAGACGAGUAGCGUGCAAAAACUACAUAAAUGGUUUUUGUCCUAAAGGACGUGAAUGUAAAUAUGCGCAUCCUAUAUGGUGGCCCCUUCCAGGAAGUGAUCAAGAUACACAGAAAAGCCGCUGGAUAUGUCAUUACUGCAGUAAGUUUCCUCUACAUCAUAUACUGUGUAUUAGUUUCUGUCUUUCGACUUUAAAAUGUACCGUAUUUUGCAUUUUAGAUGAACGUGGACACAAAAUACAAUUUUGCCUCAAACUAUCACCUGAGGAACGUCUUCGACUACAGGAGCAGCAGCGAAUGCAGAAUAUUAGCACUGGCGGUGCAGCGUUGCCUCAACAAGGUGUUAAUCCCGGAUCUCGUUUUGUUUCGGAACGUCUCAAGUUCGGUGGUCUUAUGGGGACCUCACAGGCUGCUCCUACUGGACCUCGACAAGGCCCACAAAAACCACUUGACGAAGUAACAUGUUUUAAAUGUGGAGAGAAAGGACAUUAUGCGAAUCGAUGCAACAAAGGCUAUUUAGCAUUUCUCAGUAAGGUUUCACUACAACCCCAUGAAAUGGAGAGUGCUCGUGGCUGAUGCAAAUGUGAAACUAGAAACCAGUGUAUUGUAACCUGUACAGCUCUUAUCUACAUUUUUUAUUAUUUUCUAAAGAACGAAGCUGAAUUCCUAUGAACUAAGUUUUAGUUUUUGACUGUAGUAGUCUCUUAGAAUGUGAAUAUGUAGCGACCUAAUCGUAAAAGUAAAACACCGUAAUUGUCGGUACUUGUCAGUAAAGCGUAUCUGAAGUUUUAAAAAAUAACUUCCUCUAAGAUUUCCCAUAAAAGAAUUACUAUCGGAAAGUUAUAAACGCUAGUUUGCCAGCCAUCUUUCAUUUAGCUCAAUUGACCUUCACUUCCAAUCCAUAUGAUAGUUUGGAGGUUAAGUUGGUCAUUAUUCCCGGUUAUGGAAAAACAUUUUAUUGCUACAACUUCGAAUGAAACAUUUGUUUUCCCAACGUCUAACUACACAUGAGCCGAAAGAAAUCCUUAGACACGCAGUUCACACAGAGUUUAACCAUUAAAGUAGUUCCCGCCAAAUUUUCAGACAUAUUUACCAAUGCAUGAUAUUAACCAAUAUUAAACUUAAACUGACUAUUAAUGCUAUGCAUUAGUAGAUUUAGUCAAUUAGAAACCAUCGUUAUAUUUGUGGCCAUUUAGUGACAUUGUACCGCAGUAUUGUAGACAACUGCAUAGAACUAGCAUCUGACGAGUCAUCACGAAUCCCCAUUCGGGGUCCUAGAGAUGGUACGACUCUGUAGCUUAAGAUGCUAUCAAAUAUAGUUCAAAAUAAAAGCCACUGACGAUUCCGCUGUAGUUUCGUAUCAAUUUCUUCGUAAGUUAGGUGAACUUUAACUGGAUGGUUUCUUUUUUGAAUGUAUUAUCGACUGAACUAUAUCUCUUACUACAUACUGUUUUUAUCCAUUUAUUUAAUGAUUGUACUAUCAUUUCCUCUCGUAUUUCUUUUGUGAUGCAAUUUUAUUGGUCCUAAAUUGUACCGGAAUCUAUAUGCAUGCAAUGAAUAAAAAUAAACUUAUAAUUGGAUU